AAAUAAAAUGUUGAAUGAUCAUUGAUUUAAAAAAUAAAUGUUAGUUUUUCAGCAUAUGUUUCUUUUGCAAUCAUUAUUGGUCGAAUAGGUAGUUUUGUUUUAUCGCUGUGCAGUGUAGAUUAAUUAACAUUAUUUACAAAAUAAACAUUUUAAUUUGUUUGUUUAUUAAUACUAUGAACCUCCACUUGAGUUAAUCGUUCUGCGCAUUCGCAAUGCAUUCCGUAACUAAGAAUGGCUGCUGAAUGAAACAGAAUGUGAUGGCAUUUAAAUUACUCUGACUCGUAGAUCCUAUCAUGCGUUUGUUUUUCACGAUUUGUGUGUGUCAAAUUAUCUUUACAUUCUUUUUUAUCGAUUGAUUAUGGCUGCUGUUGCUACAACUAACGGUGAAACGGAUGAGAAAUCUUUAUGGCCAGAGUUUUGUGAGAAAAAUGCUCGAGGAGCUGCGAUUGAAUUUGUUCAAAGUUACCGAUUGUUUAUCAACGAUCACCCUAGCCUUGGUAAAGUAGUCAGCAAUCAGGAAAUAAGUCGCAAAUUCAUUGACUUUUUUAUCGAGUAUUUUGAUUUAGAAGUUAAGAAAAAAGUUGGAGAGAACUCUACAUCUUCCAAUGGACACAGUGUUCCUGAAUCCACUUCCAGUGGUGACGCACCUCGAACUCGACCAAAAAGUCAAGAUACGUCUCAAGAAAAUGUUCGAAAUCAGGUAACUGUCACAAAUCAUGAGGAUUAUAGUGAUCUAUCGGAUCCAGAGACUGAAUCACCCAAAUCUCAUCACAGAGCUUUCUUUAGACGUUUAUCCUUUAAAGGGUUAAAACGUGGUAAAGGUCUGUUUCAUAAACAACACUCUGAUGAAGUUGAACUGUCUCAUCAUCAUGACAGACGUGCUCGCAGUGAUAAACAUGAAAAAACUAAAGUGACUAAAAUUAUUGUAGAAUGUGUGAAAGAAGGUAUUGUUAGUUAUUUGACUGGUGACUAUUUAGAUGGUCGACAAAAGUGGGAGAAAUGUAGACUACUUUUAGUGAAAACCACUGGAGGUUAUAUGUUAGAAUUUUAUUCUCCACCUAAGUCUGUGAAGCCUCGAAGUGGCCUUUUCUGCUUUUUAAUUGUAGAAGCUAGAGAAACAACUGCAUUAGAAAUGCCUGAUCAUGAAAAUACAUUUGUUUUAAAAACUGAUAACCAUAUUGAAUUUAUCAUUGAAGCUCAUGAUUCAAAUGACAUGAAAUCUUGGCUUUCUACUAUUAAAUAUUGCAUGAGGCAUUUAGGAGAUGUGAACUCUGACAGUUCACGCCCUAGAUUGCCUACAGCUCCAUCUGAUAGUUUAACUCGAUUGAGGGAAAGAGCUAAUGCUGCUAAAAGAAAUGAAGAUACUCCUCCUGAUGCGAGUAGUCCUGAUCCUCCUCCUGAUCUUCCCCCUAGAGGUGUAGCUGCCUCAGGAAGUGCACAAAGUGCUGCCUCUACAGCAACAAGUGAUCCUCCAGCACAAAAUGAACAAGGAGAAGGUGGGCCAGAUAUUUAUGUUACAUUACGUGAAUACCCUUGGUUCCAUGGUAUGUUGUCAAGAAGUGAUGCUGCUCAGCUAGUUCUAAGGGAUGGUCCACUAGGUCAUGGAGUCUUCCUUGUUCGACAAAGUGAGACAAGAAAAGGAGAAUAUGUUUUAACCUUUAAUUUUCAAGGAAGGGCAAAACAUUUGCGAAUGACAAUCAAUCCAGAAGGUCAGUGUCGUGUGCAGCACUUGUGGUUUCAAACCAUUUUUGACAUGCUGGAACAUUUUCUGCAGCAUCCAAUUCCACUUGAGUCUGGUGGAGCAUCAGAUGUCACUUUGACGGAAUAUGUUGUGAAUUUAGAAAGCACGCAAGCUGCGUCUCGCUCACGGGCGUCGCCUUCUCAGGCAGAACCAGCUCGGUCAAGCGGGAUUCAUCGUGUGCCCAGCAUACCUGAAAUGAGAGAAGUAGUGACUGUUCAAGGCUCUGUAAGAGUGAGGAGUCAGUCCCUUGAAAAUGUUCAAGCUCAUGCUGGUCACCAUGCAUCUCAACAACCACCACGUGCUGUUGAAAAUACCUAUUCUUUUGUUUGAUACAUAAUUUGUUUAUUUGUUGCAAUAAUUCUUUCUAAAGUUCCGAAUUUUUUGAGCUAUUAUCAACUGCCAAAAUGUACUGAAGUGAUCAAAUGCUUGUUUUGUAAAAAAUUGUAAUUUUGCUUUGUUUUGUUUUCUUUUUUUUUCUUGUUUGUAUAAUAUGCAAUAUUUAAAAUUUGUUUUAGUGGUUGUUUUUCAUAAUAUUUAUGAAUUGAUUAUUAAUUUUGCUAUUUAUAUAAUAAUGUCAGUCUUUAUAGAUUUUACCUUCUGAUUUAUAAUAGAUUAUAGAAAAAAAAUAUUAUUUCUCUCUAUACGAAAAAAGUUUAAUUUAAAGUGAUAUUAAGCAUUUAUAAAUUUUUUUUCUGAAAAAAUCAUUUUAUUAAAAAAUUAUACCAGUAUUAUAGAUAAGUUUUAUUUUCAAUUCUGAAAAUAUCAUUUUAUGUAUAUAUUUUGUUCAAAGUAUUUGAACAGAAACAAAUAGAGGGUUAAUAUUCUGAUAAGUAAUUA